GGGGUACCCAGGCAAUGGGCCGGGCAAGGCGCAUGGGUCCCUCGCGGAGGAAGGCGAAAGUGUGGCGCGUAUAUAAGGCCCUGAACAACUGGCAAUCAGCAUCCAGUUCACUCCUGGACGCACCCGGAACCAUUGUGAAUAGCAAAAAUGAAGAUUCUGUUUGUGUUUGCCCUGCUGGUAGCAGUGGCAUUUGCCGAAGAGGCGGAGAAGAAGGAGUCAGCAACGGAAAGUAAAGCCGCAGAGACAGAGUCAAACAAGAAGACCGAAAAACGGGGUCUUUUUGGUCUUGGUUACGGAUACGGUUAUGACAUAGGUGGAUACGAUAUCGGUGGUGGACAUGGACAGAGUCUUCACUCAUCCGAUUACGAUUUGGGUGGUCUUGGUGGUUAUGGAGGUGGUUAUCACGGUGAUCAUCACGUUAAAACCGUGACUGUUGUUAAGAAUGUACCAGUACCAUAUCCAGUGGAGAAGCACAUCCCCUAUCCAGUGGAAAAGCACGUGCCGUAUCCAGUUAAAGUACCAGUGCCACAGCCCUAUCCCGUGGAGAAGCACGUACCAUAUCCAGUCAAGGUUUAUGUGAAGGUGCCAGUACACGUGCCCCAACCCUAUCCAGUUGAGAAAAAGGUGCCUUAUCCAGUUCAUGUACCAGUCGAUCGUCCCUAUCCCGUCAAGGUUUUGGUGCCACAGCCCUAUCCAGUUGAGAAGCACGUGCCUUAUCCAGUUAAAGUACCAGUGCCACAGCCCUAUCCCGUUGAGAAAAAGGUGCCUUAUCCAGUCAAAGUACCAGUCCAUGUGCCCCAACCUUAUCCAGUUGAGAAGCUUGUGCCUUAUCCAGUUAAAGUGCCUGUUGACAGACCAUAUCCUGUUGAGGUACCCAAGCCAUAUCCAGUUCAUGUAGAGAAGAAGGUGCCUUAUCCAGUUGACAGGCCAGUACCAUAUCCAGUUAAAGUACCUGUUGACCGACCAGUACCUUACCCUGUUGAGAAACACAUACCAUAUCCAGUAAAGGUACCAGUUCCAGCGCCCUAUCCCGUUGAAAAACACAUUCCCUAUCCAGUUGAGAAGCCCGUACCCUAUGCUGUCAAGGUACCCGUUGACAGACCAUAUCCAGUACAUGUGGAGAAACCUGUUCCCUAUCCAGUAGAAAAACCCGUUCCUUAUCCAGUCAAGGUACCUGUAGCUGUUCCAGUUCAUAUUGAACAUCAUCAGGAGCAUCACAUUGAGCAUCAACCUGGACAUGGUGGAUACGAAUAUGCCGAGCCAGUGAAUCACGGCUCCUAUGAAUCAUACGACUAUCAUCACUAGGACCUGGACAAGCUGUCCACCUAGUGCGUCUCAACAAAACCGAGUGGCAAAUUCACCCGAAUAACGCGCAUUCACACAACGAUUACCUGAUGAUUUCGUAAUUUAAUUACUGUAUUAUUCUCUUUAAGAACAAGUACUGGAAGCUUGGACAAUACUCCAUCAUUGAUCCUGCAAUUGGAGUUGAGGGAGAUCUGGGGCUAGUUAUGAUCAUCAUGAAAUUUUCACACGUCAGAAUUGGACGUGAUGUCAAUGAAAAAUUAGAUAACUGGAAUUGUAUAAAUGGAAAAAAUUAUCAUUUGCCUCUGGCUUCUCCCAAAUCAAUAUAUUUUCCAAGUUUCGAUGUCCAAUGGGUGUCUCAACGGCGUUACGAGAGAUCAGUUGACUCACUGAUCUCUAGAUCAUAAGUUUCUUUAUGUUACGGUGACCCUUGUCUCCGGACUUCGCUCGGUUAUUAAUGUUAAUAAUAAUUCUGUUAGACGCUCUACCCUUUCUAUUUUAUAUCGCUAGAUACAGAAUUUAUGUAUUUUUGUACUAUAAAUAUUAAACAAGUUAAAAUUAA